UAAGUACGUAUAUACAUAUACACAUACAUAUAUAUAUAUAUAGAGAGAGAGAGAAGGAAAGAAUGUGAAUAUACAGUGAUCUGAGAGAAAGAUUGAGGGAAGAAUAAGAGGCCUUUAAGAGAGAGAAAUCGGGAGAAGGAUUUUCAGGGGAGAAUUUGUUGUGAUUGUCGCCGUCGUCGUCAAUGGCGAAUGGCUGGAUAAAGUCGUUACAGUGCAAGUCGAAAGUGUUGGACGACGUCGUCUCGAACCACCACCAGUAUCGCCUGCUGCGGAACUCCGGGAGCUGCAAAAAUGGCGUCCGGAGCCUCAAAGACGUGGUGAAGACGGCUCAGGAGAGAAGACCUAAAAAGUUGAAACCGUCGAAACCGCUUCCUCUGCCGCAGCAGAUUAGUAAUCCAGAAAUUGAAUCGGAUCAAACCGUUCCGAGAUCUUCGGCGAGUACUUCGGCGAGACAUGCGCGCACGAUGUCGGAAUCGUAUUUCCCGGCGCUGACGGAGCUGCCGGAAGGCCAUCCUUCACGGAACGUGGUGGAGAUUAUCUUCCACACGAGUUGGUCGCCGAAGGCUUUCUCCGGCCGGAUCGAAGUUCUGUUUAAGGUCCAGAACCUCCCCCGCACGGUGGCCAGAUUCGAGGAAUACAGAGAGGCUGUGAAGAGCAGAGCCAGUUGCGGCGGCGGAGAAGACCGCGCGCGGUGCGUGGCGGACGGGAAUGAGGUGAUGAGAUUCUUCUGCCUUGGUCCCACCACCGGCGGCGCGUACGAAACAGGUGGUUGUAGUAGCGGGUGGAGCUUGAACUCCGGCAAAGGGACGACGAUUUGCACAUUUUCCGGCAGCGGCGAAGCGCACGAAAGCGGAGGCGGUGGAAGGGGAAGGAGGGCCAUGUUGGUUUGUCGGGUCAUAGCGGGUCGGGUCUACCAGCAACUCGGUAAAGAUUCGAUACUUGAAGAAGAGCGAGUCGGGUAUGACUCAGUGAGUGGGGAGAAUGGCGAGUUGUUAGUAUUUGAUUCACGCGCCGUAUUACCUUGCUUUCUUAUCAUCUACAAAAUAUAAUAAAUACUCCGUAUUUCUUUUUUUUUUUU